AUGAAUAUGAUGGGCACCGGCAGUUCAAUCGAGGGGCACCUCCGAGAUCAAGCCAAACAGAAAUACAUCGGGUCAGCCAUGACCUCCCAUGCCCUGGGAGAUCAACAAUACCUGGAUAUAUUAGGCCAGGAGUUCAAUUGCAUGACACCUGAGAAUGAGAUGAAGUGGGGAUUACUGGAGACCAGUAAAGGACAGUAUAACUGGAAAACGGCCGACAAAAUGGUGGAGUUUGCACAGACACAUGACAUGAAGAUUAGGGGACACACCUUCCUAUGGCACACUGAGUUACCUUCGUACGUGAGUGCACUUGAUGGCAAAAAGGCUGAGCUCGAGAAAGUGGUCAAGGACCAUAUUAAUACAGUGGCCGCACAUUUCAAAGGUAAGAUCUACGCGUGGGAUGUCGUCAAUGAGGUGCUCAAUGAGGACGGGUCGGGCAAUAAGCUGAGGGACAGCAUAUUUUCGCGAACUCUAGGCUCCGGUUUCAUUGAGGAGGCUUUCCGUACGGCACACGCGGCCGACCCUAACGCCAAGCUAUACAUCAAUGACUACAGCAUCGAAGCCAAGGAUAAAAAGUCGGACGCAUUAUACGAGUUGGUGAAGGGCUGGAAAGCUAAGGGUGUGCCCAUACAUGGGGUCGGUAUGCAGGCACACUUCAAGGAGGGUGAGGUUCCCGCAACCCUUCAGGAAAACAUUAAACGGUUUUCCGAUUUGGGAGUGGAUGUGGCUAUUACUGAGCUUCAGGUUAGGUAUCUAAUGCCUGCCUCAGCUGAUAAGAUUGCCAAACAGGCCCAGGAUUAUAGCCAUGCUUUCAGCGCCUGUGAGAAUGUGGACAGGUGUGUCGGGGUUACCUACGAGUGGGAAAACGCCGACAAACUGGUGGCGUUCGCCGAAAAACAUCACAUGAAGAUCAGGGGACAUGCCUUCCUGUGGCACCAACGCAUACCCUCCUAUGUUAUGGAACUGGAGGGCAAAAAGGCUGAGCUCGAGAAAGUGGUUAAGCAUCACAUCAAUACAGUCGCUAAACAUUUUAAGGGUAAGAUCUACGCGUGGGAUGUGGUCAAUGAGGUGCUCAAUGAGGACGGGUCGGGCAAUAAGCUGAGGGACAGCCUAUUCUCCAAAACCUUGGGCACGGGUUUUAUUGAAGAGGCUUUCCGUACGGCACAUGCGGCCGACCCUAAGGCCAAGCUAUACAUCAAUGACUACGGCAUCGAAGGCAAGAACAGGAAAUCUGAUGCCUUAUACGAGUUGGUGAAGGGCUGGAAGGCUAAGGGUGUGCCCAUACAUGGGGUGGGUAUUCAGGCUCACUUCAAAGAGGGUAACGUUCCCAAGACCUUACAAGAGAAUCUCAAACGGUUUUCCGAUUUGGAACUGGAUGUGGCCAUCACUGAGCUUCAAGUUAGGUAUCUGAUGCCUGGAUCAGAUGAUAAGAUUGCAAAUCAGGCCCAGGAUUAUAGUCAUGCAUUUAGCGCCUGUGAGAAAGUGGACAGGUGUGUUGGGGUUACCGUUUGGGGGUUUACGGAUAAAUACUCGUUUUUCUUCGACACGAGUUAUGGGGAACAGCAGUUGUGGACAAAAGAUUUUAAGCCCAAACCCGCCGUAGAAGCCGUCCGUAAAGUUUUGAAAUGA